CAGAUUUUCCACAGUAAAAUUCUGAAAAUUAGGAUAGAGUUCAGUUUUACUUUACUUCAUUCCACAUCUUGACCGUUUGAAGCCUUUCCAGCUUUGAAAUAUUCAACUCCUUUAGGACACUUUAGGAACAUUUAUUUCCUCCUUCCACAUUUUUUGACCAAUUGAACCCACUCAAAGUUCAAAUUGUUCAGCUCAUUUCACAACUACUACUACUACAACUACUGCAAUUUCCACAUUUCGCUUUCAAACUGUUGAGCUAUUUCAGAACUACUUUGGAACUGCUGCAUUUCCUCCAUCCAUCCAUGGAUUUACUUGGUAAUGAUUACUGAUGGAUUUAUUGUUAUUUGAAGUCACAAUCUGAGCCGAGCAAAAUUAUAGAACUGUCAAGCAUCAAGGGUCACUCUCGUUGGCCCACCCUACUUGGCAUAUCUCCACUCCCCAGCCACGUGGAAUCCUGCAUCUCCUCUUAUCAGCUCCCUUCUGCGACAUGCAGACAGCAGUUGUAUCCAUGUAAGGGUCUGCGCUCCCACCACUGGUUAUUAUAAGCGGGAGAAGAUAACACGGGCCCCGCAUAAAACCCACCCUGGCAUCAGGCCUUGGCCGGGAGUCCACGCGGGAUCACGCAGUCAUGGCAAGCAAGAAAGCGUCCAAUAAGAGACAGCGAGGAGCACAGAAGGCUUGCUCCAAUGUCUUCUCCAUGUUUGAGCAGUCCCAGAUACAAGAGUUCAAGGAGGCUUUUGGCUGCAUCGACCAAGACAGAGAUGGUGUUAUUAAGAAGCAAGACCUGAAGGAGACCUAUGCACAACUGGGAAAGCUCAACGUGAAGGAAGAGGAGCUGGAUGAAAUGUUGAACGAGGGCAAAGGACCAAUUAACUUCACCGUCUUCUUGUCCCUGUUUGGUGAGAAACUCAACGGCACUGAUCCAGAGGACACCAUACUCGCUGCCUUUAAGCUCUUCGAUCCCAACGCGACAGGUUUUGUCAACAAGGAAGAAUUUCGACGACUAUUGUUGAACCAGGCGGAUAAAUUCACACCAGAGGAGGUAGAUCAGGCCUUUGCGCUGGCUCCCAUCGACCCGACAGGAAACAUCGACUACAAGUCCCUCUGCUACAUCAUCACACACGGAGACGAGAAGGAAGAGUCCUGAACGAGGCCCGUAAUAGUCCUAUGAAAUCGCUGGAAUAAAUACUGUAACUGUA